AUGCCCACCGGGUCCAACGACAAGUCCCAGCAGCCCAUGGGCUCGGGCUUCCCGGGCUCCAACCUCUAUCCCAACAAGAACAUCUGGACCUCGUCCCUGUCCAGCGCCCGGGAGAGGUCCAUCGGCUCCAAAGAGUCUGACGACAGCCCCUCGGGCUCCAGUGCCCUCAACGCAAACUCCGAGGCCGACGUCUGGUCCUCGAACCCUUGGAACACGGAACACCCCGGCCGCUCCGUUAGUACCUCGCCCAGCCGAACUCGAGAUGGCGCCCUGUCCAACGCCUCCGGCUACUUCGAUCCCCAGUCCUCGGCCAUCGGCAUGAAGAAGGCCAACUAUGGCGGCAAGCCCUUUGGCGACGAGUCCAGCGCCUAUGGCUCCGCCUUUGCGUCCCAGAAGCGCGGCGCGCAGGAUACCGCGGCGUACAUGGAGUCCAUGGCAGGCUACUCGCACCACCGCGACGGCAGCCUUCCGCCGUCCCGCCACUCGCAGAGCUCGCCAGCCUAUCAGGACCUCUACCGCGCCGGCCACACCCCGAGCAACUCGAUCCAGUCCCAGCGCCAGAUGGCCAACCACGCCUCGUCGUACUCGACCCAGAGCGCCAACCAGCGCGCCUUCAACCUGAACAAGCAAAUCGACGAGGACAUCUCCCUCCAAUUCGGUCGGCGCAUGGCCCUUGACAGCCCCUCUAGUGCCACGUCCUACAAUCCGCCAUCGCAACCCUUUCAGUUCAACCCCGGGUCUCAGCCCUGGGUGGGGGAAGGCAACGGCAUGAGGUACGGAGUCGGUAUGGAUUCGCCGGUUGACCCCUUGGCUGCGCAGUAUGCCGUCUUGAAGCGAUCGCCUGUCGAGAGGCUUUCUCCAGGAUCCAGCUAUCGUCUGGAGUCUGGCAACAGCCCUCAAGGCUACACUCCGACUAGCAACACGUGGCCGUCCCGAUCGGCUUCUCGCGAUCCCAGGCCAUCAGACUACGAACGGCGGGCUCCCGCCCAAGGGUAUGCUCCCAACUACACCCCAUCCUUCUUCCCCAACCAGUUCCCGUACGCGAACCUUCCACCCCAGUACGCCGCCAGCUUUCUCGACCCUUACAACCAGAACUUCCGCCACCAUCCCAUGAUGGCCGGUUAUGGCCUGCACACCAUGCAAGCCGGAUACCCCAUGGGCGCCAACUUGCCCCCAGCCAGGCCUUCUCGGGACCAGGAUUCCGGCAAGGGCAUGAGGAGCGCCCUCCUCGACGAGUUUCGCCUCAGCAACAAGUCAAGCAAGCGCUACGAGCUCAAGGACAUUUACAGCUACAUGGUCGAGUUCAGCGGGGACCAGCACGGGUCUCGCUUCAUCCAGCAGAAGCUCGAGACUGCCAACAGCGACGAGAAGGAGCAAGUCUUUCGCGAAAUCGAGCCCAACGCGAUCCAGUUGAUGAAGGACGUGUUUGGCAACUACGUUGUUCAAAAGUUCUUUGAGCACGGUAACCAGGUCCAGAAGAAGGUGCUGGCUGAGAAGAUGAAGGGCAAGGUGGUCGACCUCUCGGUGCAGGUCUAUGCCUGCCGCGUGGUCCAAAAGGCACUCGAGCACGUCCUGGUCGAGCAGCAGGCCGAGCUGACCAAGGAGCUGGAGCCCGAGAUCCUAAGGGUGACCAGGGACCAAAACGGGAACCACGUGGUCCAGAAGAUCAUUGAGCUCGUGCCGCGCAGGUACAUUGACUUCAUCAUGAACGCCCUCCGCGGCCAGGUGACGGGGCUCGCCUCUCACACAUACGGCUGCCGUGUCAUUCAGCGCAUGCUGGAGCACGGGACGGACGCCGACAAGGUGGACAUUAUGACGGAGCUGCACGGCUCGGCGCAGAUUUUGAUUACGGAUCAGUACGGCAACUACGUGGCGCAGCACGUCAUCCAGAAUGGAAAUCAGCAAGACCGCCAACGGAUGAUUGAGUUGGUCAUGUCGCAGCUUCUCACCCUGUCGAAGCACAAGUUUGCCUCCAACGUGGUUGAGAAGUGCAUCGAGUACGGCACGGCAGAGCAGCGGACCGCCAUCCGGACCCAUCUCACCACGGUAGGAAGCGACGGAACCAACCCGCUCCAGCAGAUGAUGCGGGACCAGUACGGAAACUACGUCAUUCAAAAACUGCUCGGUCAGCUCGACGGCGCCGAAAAGGAGGCAUUGGUCGAAGACAUCAAGCCCCAGUUCUUUGCGCUCAAGAAGAAUGGAGCCAGCAGACAGCUCCAGGCGCUGGAGAAGUUUUUUGAGCCCCAAGCUGGCGCCGUGUCCAUCAAGACGGAGACAUUGUCGCACGCCGACGCCGGCUCGGCCGCGGGCACUCCUCUCUUGACGAAUGACCCCAACAGCCCCGAGAGCAGCAGCCCUCCCAGCACUCACCUCAGCGCCGACAGCUUCCCCGUCAACGAUGCGGACAAGCACUCGUCGCGCCAAGCGCCCAAGGUCCAGGGAGAUGUGGCACGGAACUGA